AUGCUCUUCUGGCAUACUCAACCCGAGCACUACAACCAGCACAACUCUGGCAGCUAUCUGCGUGAUGUCCUCGCUCUGCCCAUAUUCAAGCAGGAGGAACCCCAGCUGUCCCCUGAGAAUGAUGCUCGCCUGCCACCCCUGCAGUAUGUCUUAUGUGCUUCCACAUCCCCAGCUGUGAAGUUGCAUGAAGAGACGUUGACUUACCUCAACCAAGGUCAAUCUUAUGAAAUCCGACUCCUGGAGAACCGGAAGCUGGGAGACUUUCAAGAUCUGAACACGAAAUAUGUCAAGAGCAUCAUCCGUGUGGUGUUCCAUGACCGUCGGCUACAGUACACGGAACACCAGCAGUUGGAGGGCUGGCGCUGGAGCCGCCCAGGGGACCGCAUCCUGGACAUUGAUAUUCCACUGUCUGUUGGUAUCUUGGACCCAAGGGCCAGCCCGGCACAGCUGAAUGCAGUCGAGUUUUUGUGGGACCCCUCGAAGCGAACCUCUGCAUUCAUUCAGGUACACUGCAUCAGCACAGAAUUUACGCCAAGGAAGCAUGGGGGUGAGAAGGGUGUGCCCUUCCGAGUACAGAUCGACACAUUUAAACAGAAUGAGAAUGGGGAGUAUACCGAGCACUUGCACUCUGCCAGCUGCCAGAUCAAGGUGUUCAAGCCAAAGGGAGCUGACCGGAAACAGAAAACUGACCGGGAGAAGAUGGAGAAAAGAACUGCCCAGGAGAAAGAGAAAUAUCAGCCGUCCUAUGAAACCACUAUCCUCACAGAGUGCUCUCCGUGGCCUGAUGUGGCCUACCAAGUGAACAGCGCCCCAUCCCCAAACUACAAUGGCUCUCCAAACAGCUUCUGCCUUGGCGAAGGCAACAGUUCUCCAACCCACCCAGUGGAGACCUUGCCCCUAGGCAGUGAUCACCUCCUCCCAUCUGCCUCCAUCCAGGAUGCCCAGCAGUGGCUCCACCGCAACCGCUUCUCCCAGUUCUGCCGGCUCUUCGCCAGCUUCUCUGGUGCUGACUUGCUGAAGAUGUCCCGAGAUGAUCUGGUUCAAAUCUGUGGCCCUGCUGAUGGGAUCCGGCUCUUCAAUGCCAUUAAAGGCAGGAAUGUGAGACCAAAGAUGACUAUCUAUGUCUGCCAGGAGCUGGAGCAGAACCGGGUCCCCCUGCAGCAGAAGCGGGAUGGUGGUGGGGACAGUGGCCUCUGUGUGUACCAUGCCAUCUUUUUGGAAGAGCUGACCACCUUGGAGUUGAUCGAGAAGAUUGCCAAUCUGUACAGCAUCUCCCCUCAGCACAUCCACCGAGUCUACCGUCAGGGACCCACAGGUAUCCACGUGGUGGUGAACAAUGAGAUGGUGCAGAAUUUCCAAGAUGAAUCUUGUUUUAUCCUCAGCACAUUAAAAGCUGAGAGCAAUGACGGCUACCACAUCAUCCUGAAAUGUGGACUCUGA